AGAUGACGACGCCGGCAAACCAUGGCCGCUACUCUGUAGAAGAGCCGAUAUAUUUCCCCGCGUAGGAUCCACCAAGGAGAACCGACGAACCGUUCGAUUUAUCUAGCUAGUAGCGGGUAGUCCCGAGGACCUGAUUAUUCUUUUUGUUUAUAAUCGACAGCUAGAGAUAUUUUAUGAUGUUCCUAUAGAUGUAAUAUCAGAAUAAUCUAGUGAAUAAAGGGGGAUUGUAAAGUCAAAACGGAGAGGCGACCAAGCAUAUAUGACAAAAGUUAUUGCAAGGACUCAGCUCGGCACCAAUAACUCCCCUCGUGGUAGGUGAACGACAAAAUCAACGGCACCUAUAAAUACAGUCCAGAUCACUCAAAGUUCUACACCAAGGAGUUACUGUUGACCAACGUAUUGAAGAUGGCGUCCCAGGCGACGCAAGACGCUCAGCAUGAAAGCUUCCGGCACUAUCUACCAGACCUAAACACUCCGCGGUUCCAGGCUAUCGCGGAGAAUGACGCAUACGGCCAUGCGCAGGAACUGCUGGAGCAUCACCGGCCGCCAUGGCUGUAUGGGCUUUACGUGCACUGGCGGAAGUUGUUCGAGGAGCCAUUCAAAGGUGUGACUAGCGAUGGCACCGUCCAACCCAACCUCUUCCAGCUCCGCGACGAAGGCGUGCCUAUCAGCGCCAUCGCCGCCAACGCCAACGCCAUAAUCUCGCAGCUGAGCCCCGAGCAGACCGCUCGCACGCUCCUGCACAUCGACUCGCCCGAGUGGCGAUCAUGGUCAAACCCCGAGUUCCUCGUCAGCGACAAGGGGAUUCGUCUCGACGAAAUCACCCCUUCGCUGCGCGAAUCCGUCUUCGCUCUUCUAAAGACUACUCUCAGCCCCGAGGGCUACGAAAAGGCGCGCGCGGCUAUGCGCAUCAAUCAUUUCCUAGGAGAGUUAGUUAACGCGCCGAAGGUCAUGAACGAGCACAGCUACAACUUCGUGUUGUUCGGGGUGUCGGCGACCGAUCGGCCUUGGGGCUUCUCGUUCUACGGACAUCAUUUGUGUCUUAGCGUGUUCUUGUAUAAGACGCAGAUCGUAGUGUCCCCGUGGUUCACGGGCGCGGAGCCUAAUAUUAUUGAUGACGGGCCGUUUAAAGGCACGCGCAUAUUGCAUGAAGAGGAGCGGCUGGGUUUGGAAUUAAUGCAGAGUUUGGGCCCGGAGGAUAAGCGCCGGGCUACGGUGUACGAGCUCAUGAAGGAUCCGAAAAUGCCGCGCGGUCGCUGGAACCACGACGACCAGCGACAUCUGUGCGGCGCGUAUCGCGAUAAUCGCGUGGUGCCGUACGAGGGGAUAAUAGUGGGAACACUAUCGUCGGCUCAGCAGGACCUCGUGCGCGGGAUCUUGUUUCAGUACCUGCUCUAUCUGCCGUCUCGAUCCCGCGAACUGAAGAUACGGGAUUGCGUAGAGCACUUCGGCGAGACGUACUUCUCGUGGAUCGGGGGGUCCGGCGACGCGGACCCGUUCUACUACCGCAUCCAGAGCCCCAUUAUACUAAUCGAGUUUGACCACCACUCGGGCGUAUUCUUGAAUAAUGCCGUGCCGGCCAAGUUUCAUAUUCAUACCUUGUUGCGGACGCCGAAUGCGGGGGACUAUGGAUUUGCGCUGAGGAACCAGAUUGGGCCGGCUGUGGAGCAGGAUUAUGUUUGGGAAGAAUAGUCCCUGUUGAUUUUUGUUGUUGUUGUUGUUAUGUAUAUGUGUGACUUUGUGUAUAUGUUGCCGCCGAUUCGAGACAUG